AUGAACGCCGGAAAGCAAGCUUCAUGGACGGUGGCGACUGUGAUCGCAGUGGUGGAAGUGCUCAAGGACCAAGGCGUUGCUCGCUGGAACUACCCUCUCCGUUUACUCCACAAAAAUGUCAUGGCUCGCGUCCGUACCAUCACUAUCCCAUCUCGCUUCUCUGCUCCUCCUCCUGCGUCUUCUUCUAAUUCGGCUGAUAUCAUCAGAUCCAAACAGCACAUGACCACAUCCUUUGAGAAAGCUAUGGGACUUAGCUGCUUUGGUCCCACUACCGUUAGAUUUUAA